AUGACCUGGCUGAAAGCAUCAGUUCCAUAUACAUCGCUAUUGAGGAUCACCACGGCUUUAUUGUUGCCCUCGACACGUAUAAACCGUCGUCAACUCCUAAGUACUCCUUUCCCGAGGUCUUUCUCAUCUCGUAUACCGGCUGCAGUACUGGUAAAUGACGAUACAGACGCGGACCCUCCAUACAUCGAGUACGACUGGGUCGAUGGCGCGGAGUCACUUUCAAAAUAUCAACCAGGAGGCUAUCACCCCAUUUCGAUUGGCGAUAUGCUUCGUGAUAGAUACCAUAUAGUGGACAAGCUGGGAUUUGGCGGCUAUGCAACUAUCUGGUUGGCCCGAGACUUCCAAUUAGGCCGUUAUGUUGCUCUCAAAGUUGGGAUUGCAGAUUCCCUUCCACACGAAAUAAAAACGCUCCAGGCCCUUUCAACAGCAUCAGUGAAAUCUACGCUGCCAAACAUACCAACCAAGCUUAGAGAAUAUGCACAUAGAUCAAUACCCGUUCCUCUUGAUGAAUUCAACAUACAUGGUCCUAAUGGAACGCAUCCAUGUUAUACGAUGCCCCCAGCUCAGUGUAAUCUAUGGGAGGCAUCGUACAGUCGUUUAUUCCCUAUCGAUGUGGCACGAGCAAUAUCUGCUGCCAUUGUUUUAUCCACUGCUUCUAUACAUUCUCGGGGUUUUGUUCAUGGAGCUAAACUGCCGUCUAGCUUUGACGAGCUCUCGGUUGCAAAGUUUUACACGGAAUAUGGAGAACCCGAGACUGUAUCAAUUACCAGACGUGAUGGAGCCCUACUUCCACAUAAUGUCCCAGCACAGGCAGUGAUACCCAUUAGUUUGGGCAAAGACGCAGAAGAUUUUAUACUUAGUGACACACAUGUACUGUUGAGCGACUUUGGGGAGGCAUUUUCCCCCGGCUCCCAACCUCGUUUGGGAAAAGACUGCCACACACCCUUACAUCUUAGGCCUCCCGAAGCUCGAUUUGAGCCAGACACCCAGAUGUCAUAUUCAGCUGAUAUAUGGGGGUUAGCGGUUGCAAUCUGGGAGAUAGCAGGCAUGAAAGCUAUCUGGAGUUGUGAAUUCGCAACACCAGAUAGUGUGACAAAGCAGCACAUCGAAGUACUUGGGCCCAUGCCUGUGGAGUGGUGGGAGCGAUGGGAUGAACGGCAUGAGUACUUCGACGAGAAUGGGAAACCCACACAGGGCAGGGAAGUUUGGCCUCCAUUGGACCAGGCUUUUGAGGAAGGAGUUCAGAAGUAUCGACGAAAGAUGCAACCAAACGGCGUCUUCAGCGAAAAGGAAGCGGCUGCAUUUCUCAGUUUAAUGCGCCAAAUGCUUGUAUUCCGACCCGAAGAACGUCUGACAGCAUUGCAAGUCCUGGAAUCAGAAUGGAUGGUUAAUUGGGCUUUGCCCAGUUUUGAACAGAGCCUGGACAACUGA